AUGCCCUCAUAUGCUAAAUUCCUAAAAGACAUGCUCUCUAACAAGAGGAAAAUCAAAGAGAAUGCAACAAUCUCACUAACAGUUGAAUACAGUGCUAUAUUGCAAAACAAGCUUCCAAAGAAUCUAGGAGAUCCAGGGAGCUACUCCAUUCCAGUCAAGCUAGGUGACAUCGAAAUAAAGAAGGCUUUAUGUGAUCUAGGGGCAAGUGUCAGUCUUAUGCCCUUAUCAAUUUGCAAGAAACUUCAGAUGGGUGAAUUAAAAUCCACGCGCAUCUCCCUACAGUUGGCAGACAGAUCAGUGAAAUUUCCUUUGGAUAUUCUUGAGGAUUUGCCACUUAGAGUUGGGAAAUUUUUCAUCCUUUGUGAUUUUAUAGUUAUAGAGAUGGAAGAAGAUAAGCAAGUCCUUAUCAUUCUAGGGGGGCCCUUUUUGGCCACUGCUGGAGCCACUAUUGACAUGAAGAAUGGGAAAAUCACCUUUGAAGUGGGUGAUGAGAAGGUGGAGUAUUCGCUCACAAGUUCUAUGGAUUCUCCUUCUAAGGAGGAAACAAUCUAUAGGGUGGGUGCUCUAGAUGAAGCAGUGGAAGCUAAGGCCGCAGAUUUACAACUCGAUAAUUCAUUGUAG